AUGAAUGGUAAUUAUCUUCCGGAAGCUGCACUGCUACAACUUUUUGAAUAUUUUUCACCGUUGGAACGAUUGAAAUUACAGCAAUGCUGCAAGCAUUUUCAUACAAUUUAUGGAAAAUGGUUUGAUAUUAUAGCAUUGGAUAUUGGAAUUGUUGAGCAAAAUGAUGAUGAUGAACAACAAAUGCUAUUUGCUCGAGGUAUUGUGCAACAUGCUAAAAGUGCCAAAUUUACAUAUCGUAUACAGUUGACGGAUACACGUGGUGCUACGUAUAGGCUAAGAUUUAAUUUUGAUAAAUAUGCAAAUCGAGCAUUAAAAGCUAUGCUUUUUAGAUUACAAUCAUUAACAACGUUAACAAUUCGAAAUGGUUGUUUAAGUGAGGAUUUUGGUAAUAUUUUAUCACAACUUCACUCGAUUACAACAUUACGAAUGUGGAAUUCAAAUUGUUAUUUUGACAAGAAAAGACCAAAUAGGCGUUUAUUACAUUCCUUGUUUGCUUUUCCGCUCUUAGAAUCCAUUCUUAUUCUCGACUCGACAGUACCACAAUCUUCUUCUCAAUGUACAGCUGCUUUUCCAUGCUUUCUUGCAGAUUCAAUUAAAGGACCCAUUGUUAAUUUACAAAUUGUCGGUUUAUAUAUUUCAUCAAAAGCAAUUGAUGCAUUGUGUGAACGAUUACAUAGGACGUUAAAACGAUUAGCAAUUGGUUGUACAUAUGGUAAAGAAAAUAAAAAAGAUCGAUACUGUAAAGCAAUCGCUAAACUUCAGGUAGUGGAAGAUUUGGAUAUUCCACCGUAUGUUUUUCAUUUGGGUGAAACAUGUCAAAUUGAUGAAUCAAUUACACGACUUUUAAAUAUACUUCAUUUAAAUUGUCUUGGCUUUCGACAUUACAAUUCAGCUGUAUUGUUUCAAUUUAUUGAAUUUAAAAUGCCACAUAAUAUUCGAUUACUUAGGAUAUACCAUAGUGCAAAUCGGAUACCAAAUUUUGCACAGCUUGGAACACCACAACCGGAACCGGACGAAAAGCCACCACAGCGAAAAAGUUCUUGGUUAAAUUCACGAUGCAGUAGCAAUAUGGGAUCCAAAAAUAGCAUUGAUAGCUCAUCUGAUCGAAGCCUAGAAAGUUUAACAAAUGAUGUAUGGAAAGAAUCAUCACGAAGUAGUGUCUCUACAUCUGGUACCUCAGAAAUUACUCAAAUGAUCGUUACAAAUUGUUCAAAUGAACAGAAACCAAGGCAAACUUCUCUUGCUUCUAGAAAUUUAACAAUUUUUGCAAUUGAAGAAGCAUCACGUAAAAUGAUGGAAUGCGCACGAAAGCUUCGUCGACGUAUUUACUCAGGAGUACAAGUUUUUUAUAUGCAAGAAAGUAUGGAUACUCAGGAAAUUUUGGGUCGUAUGGCAGCACCAAUAUGCUCGCCAUAUGUCUAUACCAGGUCAUCAAAACGUGAAAUACGUGUUAUUAAAGGUGACCUGGUGAAGCCAAUACCGUUAUCAAGCUUAGGAAUGGAAAGUGAUUAUGAAAUGAGUGAUUGGGAAGAUUAA